AUGGUUAACAGCUUAUGGUUCAAAUGGAAAAAGCUUCGCCUGCCCUGGCGAAAGUCCUUCUUGGUCGGUGAGGAUCUGAACGGAAAUACCUUCUGGGAGUUCAAAGAUGUGAUGAAUGCAGCUCGGUACCGGCGGAUUGUUCGAUUCGAUCCUAAAACUCAUUUCAGUGAUGUCCAAGUAACGCCGCAAUGGCAUCAAUGGUUGCGACACGUUCGAAAAGAUCCCCCGAGCAUCCAGGAGCAGCAGCAGGAUCUUGUGCGACAGGCGCAAAUCAAACAACUCGCCCGACUCGCCGAUGAACGCUGGGCCAGCAAGGCCUCCUUCCUCGAUAAGCCUAAGACUCAACAUGAAGCACCAUCGACCCAAAUCAACGAGGCGACUUUGAAUCAGCCCGCCAACGCUGGCCCCUCACAAGCGCCGGCUUCAGCCACAACCCCCAAGGCCAAACCCGAACCUGCAUACCCGAAGACACUAAAGGAGGAGAACCCAUGGGCAAAGGCGAACAAGGCCAACCCAGGCGAGGAGUGGCAGCCUGAAGCGUGGUCUCCUAGUUCCAAGCGGUGA